UAAUAUGGACAUGCCAAAAAAACAGGUGAUCUCUAGUUUCAUAUCUUUCUCAUAAGAUCACCAGUAGAUAACAUAAAUAGUGGUAAGGUAUUGGUUGACUAAACCAGACCAAAAUGUGCCAAACUACUCGAUCCCUCUUAAUAUGCAAGUGAUCUGAAGUCUUGGUAGCAGAGAAAGUUGGUAUUUAAUCAUCAAGAUUGUGCCUCCAAAGAACUAUAUCACCUGAAAAAGGAGCAGGUGGAGUUAGCUCUUCAAUAGCCAUGUUCUUUACGUUGACGCGGACGCAGCGUCAAGCGGAUAUAAUUAACAAACAAGAUGGAGAAAUUUAAUCGCACCGUCGGUAGUAAGUUGCCGCCGGCGACUAUCGCUAGUGAUCGUGUCCGUGUUUUCAUCGACGCUGUAAAUAUUAGCGGCUGACGGCGACGCUGCGUCUCAAAACCAAAGUGUGUGUUUGUGGUUAAACAACUCAUGGUCUUCUGUAAAUUUACAAUGAUAACAAUCAAGUUAUAGCAAAUUAUACAAUUUUAUCAAUUAGUUAUACUAAGUUAAUUAUCCUAAGUUUUACAUUUGAACCAAAAAUGUUAUACCAAAUUAUUCUAAGUCUUACAUUUUAACCAAUAAAGUUAUACAAGUUUUACCAAGUUUUAAGGUUUUAUUAACAAAGUUAUACCGGUUGUCGGUUAUAGUUUUACAAGUUGUACGAUUAUAGUUUCAUAAAAUUAUACUAAGUUUUACUAAUUCGACCAUCUUCUUCUUCUUCAUUUUUUUUUGUACACCACCAUCUUCUUCUUCAUCACAAAACACUAAUAUAGUUAUAGAUCGUCAUUUAGCUUAUCUACAACAUUUAACAAAUAUAUUUUUUACAAAAAGCAAAAAACAAAUGAAAUUCCUUGCUUAGGGGUUGAAGUUGAAAUAGAGUCGUCGUAGAGACAUGUCUCACGUGGUGUCCACAUGUCUUUCAUCUUUAAGAAGGUCAUGUUGCUUCCACUAUACAUUUUUUUUUCCAACAAGCUUCUACUAAAAAUGUUACUAAAGUAAUCAAAUAUUUUAAAUUAUUACAUUAUAUAUUCAUGUUUUAACAACGAAAAAUCAAUUAAAAAAAGGUAAAUAAAAUGAUUUUUUACAAAAUAUAUGAAUUACUGCUCUUCUAAUUUCUUUUCGUUUUUUUUCCUUUUUGAAAAGAUUUUUAAAUAUGUUAUAACAUGAUCAAGAUUUUAAAUAUGUUAUAACAUGUUCAAGAUUUUGAUUGUGCCUGCGGUACCAUUCUUUGUCUCAACCCAACGCUAUAUGAUACUCUCUCACUCCCUCAAUUAUUACUAUUAUUUUGUUUUAUUUUAUUAAAUAAAUAAGUAAUAUCUACAGUAUAAAGAAAAUAAAAACUUCGCCUCGUUCUUCUCCCUCUGUCUCUAUCUCUAUCUCUAUCUCUCUCCUUCACUCUGAGCUCAAGCGAUUACUUCCCAUGGGAAAAACCUCUGAAGUGAGUACUUAGCUCUUUUCUGUCUGCUUCUGCAUCCAUUUUCAUGGAUCUUGGAGUUCGGUUUGAAGGGUCGGUUUCGGGUCAUGAAAACGGGUCUCCAGGUCAAACAGAACUCGGAUCUGGUUUCGGAAACAAGCAAGAAAGAUCCGGUUUUGACGGUGAAGAUUUCUGGAGGAGCUCGAAGCUUUCAAGAACAUUAAUAGAUGGUUUCUCUUCCUCCUCCGCUGCAGCUAAGACUCUGUCGUUUCAUCAAGGCAUACCUCUCUUGAGAUCUACCUCCGUCGAUCCUCGCAGGCAAGAACAGAUGCUUAGCUUCUCCCCUGCUUCCGACAAAUCAGAUGUCUCUCCGUAUCUUCAGUACUGUAGAAACUCAGGAUAUGGUUUAGGAGGAAUGAUGAACACAAACAGCAUGCAUGGAAGCUUGUUGACAGGAGCUAAAGGACCUUUUUCAUUGACUCAAUGGGCUGAGCUAGAGCAACAGGCUUUGAUCUACAAAUACAUCACAGCCAAUGUCCCUGUGCCAUCUAGUUUGCUCCUCUCUCUCAAAAAAUCUUUUUUCCCUUAUGGAUCCUUGCCUCCUAAUUCCUUUGGAUGGGGCUCUUUUCAUCUGGGCUUUUCCGGCGGUAACAUGGAUCCCGAGCCCGGGAGAUGUCGCCGGACAGAUGGAAAGAAAUGGCGGUGCUCGAGGGAUGCUGUUCCCGACCAAAAGUACUGUGAACGACACAUUAACAGAGGCCGCCAUCGUUCAAGAAAGCCUGUGGAAGGCCUAAAUGGCCACAAUACUAAUGCUACCGCCGCCGCUUCUGCUGCGUCCAAGGCGGCAGCAGCGACUACGGUUGUUGCUACGCGUGGAUCAGAUAAUAACAAUAGCCUCGCCGCCGUUGGAACUCAUCAUCAUCAUGCCAUUCCUUCUAUGGCUAACAGUGACAGAGUUCAAAAUGCUCAAGGGGCUUCCGUUUUUCCUGCCACAAUGAACUUACAAUCGAAGGAAUCUCAUCAGAAACAAAGCAGUAGCCCUUUCGAGUUCGGUCUCAUCUCCUCUGACUCGUUACUUAAUCCCUCCCAUAAACAAGCCUCCUACGCAAACUCCUCCAAAGGCUUUGGAUCGUAUCUGGACUUUAGCAACCAAGCAAAGAACUCCAAUGUCGAUUCCUGGACAGAAGAGCUGAAAUCGGAUUGGACUCAGCUCUCAAUGUCAAUCCCCAUGGCUCCAUCUUCCCCUGUUCAAGAUAAGCUUGCUCUCUCUCCUCUAAGGCUGUCGCGUGAGUUUGACCCUGCUAUCCACAUGGGGUUAGGCGUCAACACUGAGUUUCUUGAGCCUGUGAAAAAGGCAAAUAACUGGAUACCAAUCUCAUGGGGUAAUAAUAAUAACUCCAUGGGAGGUCCUCUCGGUGAGGUACUAAACAGCACGACUAAUAGUCCCAAGUUUGGUUCUUCUCCAACGGGGGUCUUGCAGAAGUCGACGUUUGGUUCUCUUUCUAACAGCAGCUCAGGAAGCAGCACUGUCCUUGGUGAUAACAGCAACAAGAACUGCGAUGGGAAGGAUCCACUUGGCCCGACCACACUGAUGAACUCCUCUGCUCCUGCUCCAUCUAUGUGACACUUGAAAACUCGGACGAUGGCGAAAAAAUAUUCAAAAACAUUAUGUUUCUCUGUUUCUGUUUUCCUUGGUGCAUUGUUGUUGUUUUUUGUUGUUUUCGAUAUAAAGACGGAAGAAACUAAAGGAGAAAUGGACAAGUCUUCUCUCCAUCUUUCCGAUUUCUGAAUCCAUGGAUUUAUUGUUUCUCUAUCAUCAAAUUCUUAAUUUUCUUGCA